UUAAUACAAAUAAUGAUUUCGCUUUAACAUUGGACUUGACAAGGUCUCCUCCCGAUCACUGUCAUACGGGUUAGAACCAACUCCACUGCGGGGUCUGCAAAUAUAUUAGGUGAUUAGGUCAUGGUUUGCUGCGUGAUGCCCUGUCGUUGGGCAAGGGAGCAUCCGAUGUGAACUUCCUUGGUGCUGUCCCGCACCAUUGAGGACUGCAUUGUUCCCCUUCAUUGUCAAAGGGUCAUUCUUUUCGUCUGGAUUAUCAGAGCAAGAGCUCAUACUGCGCAUCCAUUACUUUUUCCAGACUAAUCGCGAGCAAACUACCCGGUUGGGCGUUCUUGAUAUUGGAAUAUCAAACAUCCUCGUCCCCUCAAAUGGUCAGUAAUGGUUCUCACAACUAAGAGCCGUCUAGCUCUUCGAGCCUGGAACGUGGGAUUUGUGACGCGGCGUACGAUCGCCCAGUAUGCCCUACCACGAUAUUUAGUCACCCCCGACGAACUACACACCGCGUUACAGAAGAACGUCCCGACACGCAUCUCGACGGCACCACGCAUCAUCCCCCUCUGCGCAAGCUGGUUCCUCCCCAACGACCCCGAGAAGCGGACCGGGCAUUCGACCUUUAUAACGUCCCGUAUCCCUCAAUCCCGAUUCUUCGACCUGGAUGCGAUCAAGGACCGUCAGUCGCCGUAUCCGCACAUGCUACCGACACCAACCGCCUUCGCGGAUGCGAUGGGAAAGUUGGGCAUACGUCGCGAUGAUUCGUUAGUAGUGUACGACACCAAAGAGCUGGGAAUCUUCUCCGCGCCUCGCGUCGCGUGGACAUUACGGGUUUUUGGCCAUUCCAAUGUGCACAUUCUGAACAACUUUCGGCUCUGGGUUGAAUUGGGAUACCCACUGGAUAAGGGAGAACCGGCACCCGUGGAUGAGACGGACUAUCGCCCGGUACCAGAUCUGGAUGCCAGCAAGGUCGCCACGUUCGAGGAAAUUCACGAGCGGAUUCUGGAAAAAGGCAAGGAAGGGGCAGAGGAAGUGCAGAUUCUUGACGCUCGAAGCACGGGACGGUGGGAAGGGAAGGACCCAGAGCCCCGCGAAGGCCUCUCCUCUGGCCACAUCCCCCGAUCAUCCUCCAUCCCCUUUUCAUCCGUCUUGGAUCCGACGACCAAGACGUUCUUACCCUCUUCGGAGCUUCGAGCGCUAUUCAAAGAAAAGGGCGUUGACCCUUCAAAGGCCAUUAUCAACAGUUGCGGGACUGGCGUGAGCGCUGCCGUUCUGGAUGCUGCCUUGGCAGAAGCCGGCUUUGCGGAUGAGGGAAGACGUCUCUAUGAUGGCAGCUGGACAGAAUGGGCACAGAGGGUGAAACCGGAAGAGAACUUAAUUCACAAGAAAGCUUGAAAGCGGCAGAGGAUGUUCUGGUGCCUUGUUUGUUUCCAUGCCACGCUAUCCAGCAGACUCUACGAUUGUGUGAUACCCCAGUCUCGUUUGUUGUGUAUGGACUGUCCAUAAUACUAUACCUUAUGAUCGCUUUCAAAUAGUACAUACUGUAUGUACCUGGAGUUUCCAUAUGAUAUGUCUGCUCGAA